CAUCUCUCAACUAAAGAGUCCAGAGGUCAAAGGUAGACACUCAUGGGCAGCCUGGGUGUUUGGGUGCUGGCCGUGGCCACGCUGCUGGGGACCUCAGUGUGUCUGCUGGCUGAAGGGCACAAAGGCAGCAGGUGGAGCAACAUGGAUACUGCCGGCAUGUCACGCCCCUCCUCAAAGGAACAUCAGUCCAUGGAGAAGGGGAAAGCAGACGGCGACAUCGAUCAAUCCCUCUCUGACCCAGACGGGGGUCCCUGCCGGAGGACCUACUGCGGCCGGGGUCGACAGUGCGUGCUGAUGGCAGAAACCGGGCGUGCCGAGUGCGUCUGCCAGGAGAAGUGCCGGCCCUCCUUUGUGCCGGUGUGCGGCUCGGACGGCAGGUUCUACGAGAACCACUGCGAGGUGUACCGCACCGCCUGCCUGGAGAGGAGACGGAUCUAUGUGGUGCACAGCAAGGACUGCUUCUUCAAAGGUAACGCGUGCACCAUGUCAGAGUACAACAAGCUGAAAAGCAUGCUGCUGGAUAUGCAGCCCAAAGCGCUGGAGACCGGAGAGCAGAGCCAGCAGAGAGACAUGGAGGAGAAGAGGGCUCUGGUGGACACCAUGUUCAAAUACCUGGACGUGGACCAGGACGGCCGGCUGGUCAGCGAUGAGCUGGAGAAGUGCGGUCAGGUGCUCAGCAGCCGCAGCACCUCAGAGACGGGCCGAGCUGUGAGCCGGCUGAGGAUCGAGGUUGUGCAGCUGAGCCUGGCAGAGGACCAGCAGAUCAGCGUCUCCACGGUAACGGUGGGCCUCAGCGCCGUCCUUACCUGUGCCAUCCAGGGAACGCUGCGCCCGCCAAUCAUCUGGAAGAGAAACGGCAUCAUACUCAACUUCCUGGAUCUGGAGGAUAUAAAUGACUUCGGGGACGACGGCUCCCUGUACAUCACCAAGGUGACGACCAUCCACAUGGGGAACUACAGCUGCCACGCAUACGGCUAUGAAGACCUCUAUCAGACGCAUGUGCUGCAGGUGAAUGUCCCUCCAGUGAUCCUGGUGUACCCAGAGACGCAGGCCCAGGAGCCGGGCGUCUCUGCCAGCCUGCACUGCCACGCCGACGGCAUCCCGAAUCCCAAGCUGCUCUGGCUGAAGAACGGCAUGGACCUGCAGCCCAGAUCCUCCAAACAGCUCUCUCUCAUCGCAAACGGCAGCGAGCUGUUUAUCGGCAGCGUGCGAUACGAGGACACCGGAGCGUACACCUGCAUCGCAAAGAAUGAGGUGGGAGUGGACGAAGAUAUCUCCUCUCUGUUUGUGGAGGAUUCAGCCAAGAAGACACUUGCAAACAUCCUGUGGAGAGAAGAAGGGCUGAGUGUGGGGAACAUGUUCUACGUGUUCUCUGAUGAGGGCAUCACCGUUCUGCAGCCCAGCGAGUGUGAGAUACGCAGACACAUGAAGCGGACGGAGAGGAUCGUAGCUACAUAUGAGGAGAUGUGCCCUAAAGGUGAGGGGGUAUCACCUCAGCGCUGCGUGUGGUCCUCAGCAGUCAACAUCAGAGAUAAGUACAUCUACGUGACCCAGCCCCUCCUGAGCCGACUGCUGGUUGUGGAUAUUCAGGCGCAGAAGGUGGUGCAGGCCGUAGCAACAGACCCUUUCCCCGUGAAGAUGCUCUAUGACAAGUCACAUGACCAGGUGUGGGUCCUAACAUGGGGGGACAUGGAGAGAACACAUCCAACUCUUCAGGUUAUCCCUCAGGCCAGCGUCGGUGAAGUCCAUCACGCCAUCCGCACAACUUUCCAGAGGGUCAACGACUUCUUUAUUCCCCCGACCAACCUCAUCAUCACUCAUGUGAGGUUCGCCUUCGUGUUCCUCAAAAAUGAACCCGCGGUGCACAAGAUCGACCUGGAGACCUUCCACCGCGUCAAAACCAUCAGCCUGAAGAACUACAGCUGCAUCCCGCUCAGCAUGGCCUACACGCACCUCAGCGGCUUCUACUUCGUCCAGUGUCAGAGCCGGAGUCGCCUGCAGGCCCCGCCCCAGCUGCUCAUCGACAGCGUGACGGACGCAGUGAUCGGUCCGAACCGCAACAUCACCGGGCAGCCGUUCGUGUCACCGGACGGCCGCUACAUCGUGACCCCUGACCUCCAGAGUUCAAAGCUGGUAGUACAGACAGUGUCGUUCCAGGGGGAGCUGGGUCUGAGCCAGGAACUGGACCAGCCUGUAGCAGUCUCAGAUUUGGCUUUCCAGCCGUCCUUCACGGAGUCAAACCAGCACGUUGUCGUGGCGACUUCAGGCUCCGGCACAGACCUGCUCUUUGCCGAUCUGUCCUCAGGCCACACUGAGGUCCUCCAGAGUCUUAAGGAGCCGCUGGACCCCCAGGUCUGGCCUUGGGGAGGCCCCAACAGAUUAGUGGUGUCUGGCGGGUUGUUCGGACAGUACCUGGUGACGCCGUCAGCCGAGUCCCUCUUCGUCCUGAACGGGAAACAGAGAACGCCGCACUGUGAGGUGUCCGACAUCAAGAGAGGGAACACAGUCGUCUGGGUCGGCGAGGUAUGAGUUUAAAAAAAAAAAGCAAGGUAGGAACAGGGAUGAAAGGAUGACAGGAUGAAAGGAAAGAUCAGGCCAAAUUACCAAUAAUAAAGAUUAAUGUGAACAUAAGUUUGGACUCAACCCUGGGACUGAGCACGAGGGAGACACGUCUGGCUUUAUUUAACAAAACCUUCAAAUCGAGUAAAACUUAAACCCUGUUGUGAUUUCUGCUGGGAGAAAGUGUCAAUGCGUUCAGUGCAACAGUGAUCUAUGUGCACUUAUACAGAGAUGUACAUUAUUGCACUUCCUUCCAUGUUAUCACAGCAAAUAGAAACCUGAAGAGGGUAAUUACUGAACUAUGAACUAUGCACAAUGCUCACUUUUUUAGAGUACAAAGCUUUCCGAUUUUGUUUUUCUCAACAAUGUUUGUGGUUUUCACCAGUGCUGCAUAUACUCACCACGAUCUGUCCGUCUGUCCUGUCUGCCUUUAGUGUAUGUGAGUCUUUUGAACAGCUACAGACCCGUCUGUGUACUGGCCUUCGUCACCGUAUCGUACUGUAUCCUCCCUCUGAAAGCUUUCAUUCACC